AUGCAGUUUGAUUGGUCACUAAUCAUAGCGUUGUUGCUGCUCGCUUUCGCCACAGUCAUCCAGGCGGAGGACGUGCUGGUGACUGUGCAGCAGGGCACUCUAAGAGGGACCACGGCCACGAGCCUCUACAACACGUCCUACACGGCCUUCCUGGGCAUCCCGUAUGCUCAGCCUCCAAUUGGAGAGCUGCGGUUCCAGGCUCCUCAACCACCACGUAACUGGGAAGGCACCCGUGAUGCCACGGAGUACGGCAGCGACUGCGUGCAGAACACGGGCACCGGUUCGGAGGACUGCCUCUACCUGAACGUGUUCGUGCCUGGAGUUCCAGAGGAGGGCGCAGGGCUGCCCGUCAUGUUCUGGGUGCACGGCGGGGGCUUCUAUACCGGCAGCGGCUCAGACGACGAACACGGCCCAGACUUCCUCGUUUCCUAUGGCGUCAUACUGGUCACCAUCAACUAUCGCCUAGGACCGAUAGGUUUUGUGAGUACGGGAGACGCUGUCGCACCUGGCAACGCAGGACUCAAGGACCAGCAGCUGGCGCUGACCUGGGUCCAGAACAACAUAGCCAACUUCGGCGGCGACCCUCAGCAAGUGACUCUCCAAGGACAGAGUGCUGGAGGCGUGUCCGUCUCACUCCACUUCGUGUCGCCCAUGUCCGCAGGCUUGUUCUCACGACUCAUCAUUGAGAGCGGCAACUUCAUCGCCCGGCCUCCACUGCCGGCGGCAGUGGCGCGGCAGCAUGCGUUCCGCCUGGGCGCCCUCCUCGGCUUUGACACGGACGACUCGGAGCAGCUCAUCACCUUCCUGCGGUCCGUGAACGCUACAGACCUACUGGUGGACAAUUCACUCAUCCUGACAGAGGAGCGCAUGCAUAUGUACAAUUACGAACUGUGGGCUCCGAACAUAGAGUCAGAUUUGGAGGGCGCCUUCAUUCCAGAGUCUCCAAUUCAGGCUCUCAUCGAAGGGCGAUUCACCCUGAUGCCUGUCAUGACAGGGACUACUUCUGCAGAGAUCGGAUUUUCAAUACUAGAAGACCCAACUCUUAUUGCUGGUCUCAGUGAUGAGUUCGAGGAUACAGUUGGCCCCUGCCUUCAUUUGCCGACGGUGGAACAACAGUCAAAUGCGGCCGAUAAGUUGAGAGACUUCUACUUUGGCAACGGCACCAUUUCCUUGAAUGAUUCGGAUAAUCUGGUCAACUUUAACAACGAUAUUGGAACCUUCGAGCCCACUGAUUCGUUGAUAAGAAAAUUGAACAGUAUCUCCAACGUGACUAUUUAUUAUUACACCUUCGACUACGCAGGAGUGAACGUGCCUACUUCACCGUGGGGCGUCGUACAUGGCGGAGAACUGCCGUCUCUCUUUGUGCGGAAGGAUACUGAGUAUAAUUUGGAUCCUGAGUCCGAGGAGGACCGAGUACGGAGAAACGUGUUACGUCUCUGGACCAACUUUGCAAAAUACGGAAAUCCCACUCCAGAGGCGGACCCUGUGGUGUGGGAGCCGUACGACCUGAGCAGCCGCAGCUACCUGCUGAUGCAGGCCAACUUCUCGCUCGCACACGACAGGCUUGGCGAGCGCAUGGACUUCUGGAACGAGAACGUACCACUGUUACCGUACCCUGGCACCUACUAG